UCUACACUAAGUCAAGACAUCAAGGACAUCCUGAGACUCCCACCGGAGCAGAGGAGCGAAGCCAACAUCCGCACGGUUAUGAUCAACUUCCACAAUGUAGUCCCUUCAUUCUCUGAAUACCCCAGAGAAAUUCAACAGUCGAUGAUCAGAGUCUGCAUGUACGAAAAGUUUGAAUCUGGAAGGGUCAUUAUCCGACAGGGACACAGGGCAGAGAAUUUUUAUUUUAUCAUCGGUGGGAGUGCGGUGGUCACACAGAUGGACAGCGAAGCCGGGCACGUCCAUACAACUAAUGUCCUGGGCAGAGGCAACAGUUUCGGCGAACUGGCCUUUCUCCACAUGUCCAAGCGGUCAGCAACGGUCACCUGCCGAGACGAUGUGGAGCUGCUGUGUAUAGAUCGGGAAGACUUCAUCGACAUCUUCAUGCGUCCUCGCAAGGGAGAUGAACCAGACCAUAUCAAGUUUCUCAAGUCUGUGGACCUUCUCCAGGGCUGGCCGGUAUCCCUCCUUCCACAUGUGAACCCCAAGAUCUGCGCUUUUACCUACGUCAGGCGUGGCGUCAUUCUAUGCCAUGACAACGCCAACAGUGACUGGAUCUUUGUGGUCUAUUCGGGUUCCUGUAAAGUUCUCAAAGCUCUGGAGGACAUACCGGUCCCGCGUCUUGAUAGGAGAGCACACAAAAUCAGCCUGACGCCAGAUACACACAACAUACGCAAAGUGAACAGAACAACCCAGUCUCCAGGCAACAAGGAGAACGCCAGCACGCAAGGACGCAGCCACCACGGCAAUACUUGUAGAAGACUUCGCAAGUAUGGUGUCUCGCUACCUCCCAUUCGCUCAGCCACAGAUGGGCUGGCCAAUGAAAAAUACUCCAAGGAAUCCUUCGCUGACACUGAUCAUCUGCAACAAAUCACUGACAUCUUCAACCACAAACACGUACUACCCACAAUUGUUGGAAAUAAUCAAACAGAUCAAGAAAACAACGAACAGACGUCUACAAAAGUCGCAUCCAUUGAGGUGAGCAUACAGUCAAAGACCAACCACACAUUCAGACUCAAACGACAGUCCUAUGGCGUCCAGCCACCCACCUUGCCACAGUUUCUGGCACCUUCGGAUGAGACAACAACCACACAACAGCCACAGUUGAGAAAAUUUGCGUUUGUUGAGAUUGCAAGAUUGGAACCAGGAGAUGUAUUUGGACUAGAUCAUGUGGUCCUGUCGGGGAUGAGAAAUGUGGCCUCGUGCAGUCUGGUUUCCCAGGGAGCCGAGGUGGUGCUCAUCAGCAAGUCGUUCUUCAAGAAACACCUCACAGAGGACACGCUCAAGAGGAUGAGGCAGCAGAUCCAGCCACUGCCCAGUGAAAAAGCCCUUCUCAAGAGAUUUCAGAAGAAGAAAGAAUGGGACAUCUACAAGUCACAAACUUUAGCUAGACACCAUUUGCAAAGCCUGGUUCAUGGUGCGGCCCCAUAA